UUACGAUUCUGUACAUGAUGAAAAUGUUGUCCAAAGCUAAACCCUAUUCGAUAAACAGCCUUAAUAUCAGCGUAAACAGUUAAAGUUUUCGUAACAUCUUUUCGUUCAGGAAGUGAUUUAAAGAUGAACAAUUUGGAAGUCGAAAACACCUCCGGUGAACCGAACGCUCCGAAGGAUUUGAAGGUCAUCAACAACUCAGACAGUAUUACCUUCGACGAUGCUCUUUCAAGGAUAAAAUUCGGUAGAAUCAACUACAUCCUCAUCAUAUUGGCCGGUACAGUUCUGACCGCGUUCCUGUUAGAAACUCUCGGCAUCAGUUACGUGAUUCCGGUAGCAGAAUGUGACCUGCACCUAUCAACUCGGGAAAAGGGAAUGCUGAGUGCCGUCGGGUUCGUGGGGGUGAUCGUCAGUUCACACUUGUGGGGAUUUCUGGCGGAUACCAUGGGCCGCCGAAAAGUCAUCGCUCCAACGCUUUGUUUAACGUUCAUCGCGACCACGUUUUCCAGUUUUGCAACUAAUUUUUGGUCGAUAACGAUGCUGCGUUUCUUGGCUGGAUUUCUUGUUUCUGGGUCAUCGGCUACCAUCUACGCAUAUCUGGGAGAGUUCCACAACAAUCGCAACAGAUCGCGUGCAAUAAUGGGUGCUUCGUUUAUAUUUGGUAUUGGCUGUUUGCUGCUUCCAGGAAUCGCGUACAUUGUAAUCAAUCAAGAAUGGCAGUUGAUGAUUCCGUUUCUGCGAGUUGUUUACCGCCCGUGGCGUUUAUUUCUAGUAGUUUGCAGUUUGCCGGGCUUGCUGAGUGGAUUGGCGUUGUAUUGGUUGCCGGAAAGCCCAAAAUUUGACCUACACCAGGGCAAGCAACAGCAAACAAUUCACACCCUCCAAUGGAUGCACCACAACAAUUCAGGCAAGAAAGUGUCGCCCCUUCCGAUCAGUACUAUCGUUUCGGACGAGGAUGACAAACAGUUCGAAGAACGUCGUGCGGUGUUGACUAACGCCAAAGGAUUCCGAGCUACGAUGAGACUGGUCUGGGAGCAGACUGCGCCUCUUUUCAGAAAGCCCUAUUUAAAAACCGCUUUGAUUGUGUGCUUUCUGCAUUUUGGGACGUACUUCACCUCGCAUGGGAUGUAUAUGUUCUUUCCGGAGAUACUGGAUAAAAUGGUUGAAACGUAUGCCGCUGGGAUUAGUAAUGUUACGUUAUGUUCCGUCGUGUACAAACAAGGUUCCAAAAUGAUGGUCGAAACAGACGUAAUGAACACGACCGUUGAGCAUGAGUGUAAGCAAACGCUGGACGUUACCACAUACGAACUGUCCUUCAUUUUGGAAGUUAUCUACGCCAUGGGCUUCGCUCUGAUUGGCGUCAUCAUAAAUGUGGUUGGUAAAUUGGCAAUCAUGGUAGUUGUGUUCCUAGUUUGUGGAAUAUCGAGUGCCUUGAUAGCUUUCGUUAAUGUUCCAUUGCUUUCGAUGUGGCUCUACAUGAUUCUGGUCAUGUCUGGCUUCAGUGGCAGCGUGGUCAACGCUGUCAUAGUGGACUCAUUUCCGACUAAUUUAAGGGCAAUGGCCGUGUGUAUAGCACUGAUGUUUGGUCGGCUGGGAGGAGUACUCGGGGCCAACAUGCUCGGUUUGAUGCUAGAUACUCACUGCGAGUGGACCUUCGCGAUCUCGGGCUUCGUCUUGUUGCUCUGUACGAUACUGUCAUUUUUCAUUCCCAACAUAAAUACGUGUGAACGAAAAAGAAAACCGAAAGUUUAAAAUUAUAAAUAAACUAUGACUG